AUGAAGUGUUUCUUCUUCAAAGAGAAAUCCAAAUCUGCUCCUGAAUUACAAAACCAAACCAAAAAGAAGAAGAAUCCGGCGUCGAAUCGCGCAGCAAACUCUACUGGUUCUGUGUCUUCGUCAAAGAGUGUGAAGGAUUUGUACAAAGAGAAAGAGCAUAGUUUUAGAGUUUUCACUCUUCAGGAACUUAGAGAAGCUACCAAUGGUUUUAACAGGAUGUUCAAGAUUGGAGAAGGGGGUUUUGGAAGUGUUUAUAAAGGAUCGAUUUUGCCUCCGAAUGGACAAGGUGAUCCAGUUCAAGUUGCCAUCAAAAGGCUUAACACGCGUGGAUUUCAGUCACAUGUUAUUGAUCCCGUUGUUGACGACGAACAAGAUGCCGAACUUGUCGUCGAAGAAGAAACUGACGUAGAAGUUGUGGUUGAUGACUUGGUGAACCGUGAUUCUGAAGAUGAAGAACAAGUUCUAGUACCCGAUGUGCAUGCGUACUCACCUCCACCGCACUUCACAACACUGAAUUUGGGCGAGGAUGAGCCAUCGUCGGAUAUGUUCUACAACCCGUAUAUGAGGUCCAACGAGGAGUUAAAAAAGGGUGACAAAUUCCGUUCAAAGGAAGAUUGUAUGCUAGCAAUCAAAAACUGGCACUUAGCAAAUUGUGUUGAUUUCAGUGUUGAUCGCUUGAAUCCAAAUAGAUGCGUCAUUUUGUGCAGAAACCCGGAGUGUGGGUACAGGCUAAUGGCAUCAUUUAAAAAAGAAAGUUAG